AACACCUUUAAAGGGACACGACACCCUCAGCCAUGAGGGAAGGUAGACUAAGGAUACUUUCAGAAUCCACCUCACAACAGUAAGAAUGGCCAUUAGGUAUCAGAGGAUCAACUGACAAAAUGCAGCGAUGAAUGUGGGGACGAGGUAUGCUGUGGGGACGAGGUAUGCUGUGGGGACGAGGUAUGCUGUGGGGACAAGGUAUGCUGUGGGGAUGAGGUAUGCUGUGGGGACGAGGUAUGCUGUGAAGACGAGGUAUGCUGUGGGGAUGAGGUAUGCUGUGGGGAUGAGGUAUGCUGUGGGGAUGAGGUAUGCUGUGGGGAUGAGGUAUGCUGUGAGGAUGAGGUAUGCUGUGGGGACGAGGUAUGCUGUGGGGACGAGGUAUGCUGUGGGGACGAGGUAUGCUGUGGGGACGAGGUAUGCUGUGGGGACGAGGUAUGCUGUGGGGACGAGGUAUGCUGUGAGGACGAGGUAUGCUGUGGGGACGAGGUAUGCUGUGGGGACGAGGUAUGCUGUGAAGACGAGGUAUGCUGUGGGGACGAGGUAUGCUGCGGGGACGAGGUAUGCUGUGGGGACGAGGUAUGCUGCGGGUGGGUGUGGGAGCUGCAGGACAGGACCAGCUGCUGGCUGUCCAGCUCAUGGACACACAGUCAAAGGCCUCCAUGUCCCCCCGCUGCCCUGCCCACAGGUAAAGGGAGUAACUAACGGGCUGGAGUGAGGGGGGGCGGCGGUGAGAGCACUGAGUGCUCUUGCAGAGGGACUGAGUCCAGUCCUAGCACCUAGCCAAGCAGCUCACAAGGACCUGGAACUCCAGCUCCAGGAGACCUGACACCCUUCUGUGGACUCUGUGGAUAAAUACAUGAUCACAAGCAAACACACAGACACACACACAUAUACUCACUUAGAAAUAAAUCGUAAAAAGAGGAACAUGUGAUGCAUACAUGCAAUAGGUUAUUACUUCUGUAAGGAAGAAAGAAAUCUUGAACCUGGUUCUGGCAAAUGGUGUGAGGCCACUCAGGUCUAGAAAGACAACGUCUGUGUGACCCCUCUAAGUGCUGACUGCAGCUUCAAGUCUGCCUUUGUGAGCCUGGCUUUGAGCACAAAUGGAACCCAGGAACUAGGAAGGAGCUUUCGAGGGGGCAUGGCAGACUGUACACAGAGCUAAGGGAGAGGACAUGGCAGCUGUGUGCCGUUGAUCCCGCACCACAUCACCUCCAUCCCCGAGGGCAGGCAGGGUGGGGCAGCGGGCAGUCCAUGGCACAGGCGGCAGGUCCCAGAAAACGUUUCCUGCUCACAAGCAUGCCGACAGAACAGCAGCAUGAGGGACACCGAACCCCUGGGAGGCAUGUUUGAUGGGGUGAAGCCCUCACUGAUCCUCUCUUACAGACAGAGGCUGAGCUUCAUGUCAACUGAUAAUUAUACCAGCUGCCACCAUGACCAAGUGCUGGAGGGAGCCAAGCCCUUCCACUGAAUGGGGGACGGGGCAGAAAUGCCUGCUGUGUUUCCAUGGAGCAUGUGUCUGUCUCUACAGACCCACUUUCUUGUCAGUUCAACUAUGUAGAAAACAAAUUUUUACUGGCUGCAUCUCCCGGUGUCUUACAAGAGUGCUCAGAAGAAUGUGGUCAGCCAGUGACAACCCAGUGUCAAGUCAGCUGACCCCUUCUCAGCGAUUCAAGCUGUCUUUCCACCUCAGUAGGAACGGCCUGCUCUGGAGACAGGGAGGUAGUGGGCUCCUUCACAGCACCACAGAGCCCUCUCACUGGGAAGGUUCCUUCUGAUGGACUGGAAGCUCAAUGAUGAAGCCGGCUGGGUUUUCUUAUCUGAGGUAACUCACUGGUGACUUUCAUGUAGUCAUUAUGACCCCAAAUUUACCUAAAUUCUGGAGUGUCAAGGUUUGACUAUGGGUAAUUUUCAAGGAAAUAAAAAGAAAA